CCUGUAGUAUAUUAUUUACUCUAUGGUUGAAUCGAGUUAAUUUUUUCAUACAAAAUUAAGAAUUUCAUUUAUAUGAGCAUUGUUUGAGAGAUAUCGUAGAAAAGUGAGGUUUAUAAAUCUUUUUAGUAGUUGACUUAUUACCCAAGAGUAUGAGUUUGAGUGUAUAACAUUAAUAUGUAAAAUCUAAAUGCAGACGCGUCUUUCCGCCAUAGCCACUGGAGCUUUUAAUUUGGUGAUUAGUGAAACUAUUUCGUAAUAUGAAUGGAUAUUUUUAUUAAAGUGUGAAAAUGGCAAGUCCGUCACCGCAGAGCAGUCCAAUGCCGCCGCCGCAGGCGCCGAGCCCGAUGGGCCCGCCUACACAGAGUCCGGCUCCGCCGCAAUCGCCACACAGCCCGUAUAACCAACAACACGUCAACGGACCGCCGCCGUCGCAUCCUCCUGGCGCAGGUCAGCCCCCGAUGCCGAACCACAUGUCACCGUCGGGCCCUAUAUCGAAUAGCAACGGCCCACCGGGAGUACCGCAGCAGCACCCCGGCAUGCCACCAAGCGGUCAUCAGAUGCCCCCUCAUAUGGUGGGACCACACAUGUCAGGUCCUCCUGGACACCCAAUAGGGCCUGGUGGUUCACAUACACCAGGUCCCAAUGGCCAUCCCAAUAUGCCAAGUGGGCCACAACAUCCACCUAUGCCGGGACAAGGCCCACCUCAUGGCUACAUGCAGCAUCAGAUUUCACACAUGCCUCCAGGACAGGCUCCAAUGCCGAUGGGUGGUGGUCCUCCACCAGGCAAUGGUCCUCAGGGUCCUCCAGGAGGGCCAGGCGUCCCGAUCCCACCUGGUGGGCCGCCUCCACAUGGCGUACAUGCGCAGGGCAUGCCAUCAGCCGCUCCUGGCCACAUGCCGCCACACCACGCUAUGAUGCCAGGUCAGGGUCCACCACCGCACCCGCAAUCGCCGGGGUACGGCCACCCCUCUGGUGCGGCGGGUACUCCUGGCCCGCCAGGACCUCCGGGGAGUUCUGGCGCUCCGCAAGCAGCCACUCCACCUCAGGGCGGCGCCCCGCCACACCCACCAGCUGCACAGACUCCGCCGCAUGUUCAGGCACCGCCUCCUGCCACCUCAUCAGCUAACGGCGCUCCGCCCGCUUCGUCACCGAUGCAAGGUUCUAUGGCGGCGACCGGUCCUGAUAAUCUAAACGCUCUGCAGCGAGCUAUCGACUCUAUGGAAGAAAAAGGUCUUCAAGAAGACCCAAGAUACUCGCAGUUACUUGCGCUGCGAGCCCGGUCUAAUCCGCAAGAUCCAAACAAAGGACUCUUCUCCAAUAACCAGCUCUGUCAACUCAAAGCUCAAAUAACUGCGUACCGAAGUCUGGCGCGCAACCAGCCACUGACGCCGCAGGUGGCCGCCAUGGCAUCCGGUAAGCGCACCAGCGACACGCCGCCCGAGUGCCCCACGCCGCCGGCCGCGGGUGCGUACGGCGACGGACAGGCCGGCGCGGGCUCGGGCGCUCCACCCGCCGCGGGAGGCAAGCCGCCCGCCGGCGCCGCGCAGGGGGACGCGGCGCGCGGAGGAGGAGGCGCGCCGCCAACACCUUUACCCAUGACUGGACAGAUGGCGCCGCCGACACAGCUCACUCCACCUUUAGUUAAUCCACCGGUAGGCGGCGCCCCACCAUUACGCGGCCCUGCACCGCUGCGUCCACCUGGACCGGGUGCGCAACAAACCCAGCAGCCUGGUGUACAACUUCCUGGCGCAAAACAGAAUCGAGUAACUAGUAUGCCGAAACCCAUAGGCAUUGAUCCAUUGCAGAUUUUGAACGAGAGAGAAAAUAGGAUUGCAGCGCGCAUAGCUCAUCGCAUAGAGAUUCUGUCGAACUUGCCUGCCAACAUACCCGACGACCUCCGCUUGCAGGCGCAAAUCGAACUCCGAGCUCACCGCGUUUUGAACUUCCAGAAGCAAUUGCGUGCAGAGAUUCUUGGUCAAGUCCGUCGCGAUACUACCCUAGAGACGGCUGUGAGUAUCAAGGCAUACAAGCGCACCAAACGACAGGGUUUGAGAGAGGCUCGCGCGACAGAGAAGUUAGAGAAACAACAGAAACUUGAGGCGGAGAGGAAACGACGACAGAAACACCAAGAAUUCUUGCAGACUGUCUUACAACAUGCUAAGGACUUCAAGGAGUAUCACCGCAACAACAUAGCGAAGUUGUCUCGCAUGAACAAAGCUAUCAUGAACUAUCACGCGAACGCUGAGCGAGAGCAGAAGAAGGAACAGGAACGUAUUGAAAAGGAGCGUAUGAGACGUUUGAUGGCCGAGGACGAAGAGGGUUAUCGAAAACUUAUUGAUCAAAAGAAAGACAAGAGAUUGGCGUUCCUCCUGUCACAAACCGACGAGUAUAUCGCUAGUCUCACCGAGAUGGUCAAACAACAUAAACAGGAGCAGCGCAAGAAACAACAAGAGGAGGAAAGGAGGAAAAGGAAAUCGCGUAAAAAGAAGUUGUUGGAAGGCGGCGACAUUGAUGCGCUCGAUGACAGCUCGCAGACGUCAGACUCGCGCGUCAACGUCAUGGACCCAAAGACUGGAGAGAUACUGAAAGGCGAAGACGCACCAUUGCUAUCCCAGCUCAAAGAUUGGAUGGAAACUCAUCCUGGGUGGGAGGUGCUCUCGGACUCUGAGGAUUCUGGAGACGACAGUCAAGAUGAUGAUGAACACAAAAUGCGUAAAGAUAGACACAAAGACGAGAAGGAUAAAGAGAAAUCGGAGGAGGAGAAGGCGCGUGAGAUGAUCAAGAAGGCCAAGGUUGAGGAUGAUGAGUAUAAGACUGAAGAACAGACUUAUUACAGCAUUGCUCACACGGUCCACGAGUCUGUCACUGAACAAGCCAGUAUUUUGGUGAAUGGAAAACUUAAAGAAUAUCAAAUUAAGGGACUUGAAUGGCUGGUAUCUCUAUUCAAUAAUAACUUGAACGGUAUCCUGGCAGACGAGAUGGGUCUAGGCAAGACCAUCCAGACAAUUGCAUUGGUAACCUAUCUCAUGGAAAAGAAAAAAGUCAAUGGUCCAUUUCUAAUUAUUGUACCGCUCAGUACACUUUCUAACUGGGUACUAGAGUUCGAGAAGUGGGCGCCGACGGUGACCGUGGUGUCGUACAAAGGGUCGCCACAGUCGCGUCGCCUCGUGCAGACGCAGAUGCGAUCCACCAAGUUCAACGUACUGCUGACUACUUAUGAAUAUGUCAUCAAGGAUAAAGGCGUGCUCGCUAAAGUGCAGUGGAAGUACAUGAUCAUCGAUGAGGGUCACCGCAUGAAGAACCACCACUGCAAGCUGACGCAGGUGUUGAACACUCACUACAUUGCGCCGCACCGCCUGCUGCUGACGGGCACGCCGCUGCAGAACAAGCUGCCCGAGCUGUGGGCGCUGCUCAACUUCCUGCUGCCUUCCAUUUUCAAGAGCUGCUCAACCUUCGAACAGUGGUUCAAUGCACCUUUCGCCACUACGGGAGAGAAGGUAGAGCUAAAUGAAGAAGAAACUAUCCUGAUCAUCCGUCGUCUCCACAAAGUGCUGCGGCCCUUCCUUUUGCGGCGAUUGAAGAAAGAGGUAGAGAGCCAGCUGCCAGACAAGGUCGAGUACAUCAUCAAGUGCGACAUGAGCGGGCUGCAGAGAGUGCUCUAUAAACAUAUGCAGUCUAAAGGCGUUCUUCUUACGGACGGUUCUGAAAAGGGCAAUAAGGGCAAGGGUGGCGCGAAGGCGCUCAUGAACACGAUCGUGCAACUGCGCAAGCUGUGCAACCAUCCCUUCAUGUUCCAACACAUCGAGGAGAAGUUCUGUGAUCACAUCGGCACCGGCGGUGGGGUUGUUAUUGGUCCCGAUCUUUACCGUGUGUCGGGCAAAUUCGAGCUGCUCGACCGCAUCCUGCCGAAGCUGAAGCAGACGGGGCACAGAGUGCUCGUGUUCUGUCAGAUGACGCAGUGCAUGACUAUCAUCGAGGACUACCUUUCCUGGAGAGGUUUCCAAUACUUGAGAUUGGACGGUAUGACUAAGGCGGAGGACCGUGGCGAGCUUCUGAAGAAGUUCAACGAUGCGGACUCGGACUACUUCAUCUUCCUUUUGUCGACGCGCGCCGGAGGUCUCGGCCUCAACCUGCAGAGCGCUGACACAGUCAUCAUAUUCGACUCCGAUUGGAAUCCUCAUCAGGACUUGCAAGCGCAAGAUCGCGCUCACCGUAUCGGCCAGCGCAACGAGGUGCGCGUGCUCCGGCUCAUGACCGUCAACUCCGUCGAGGAGAGGAUCCUAGCCGCCGCCAGAUACAAACUGAACAUGGACGAAAAAGUGAUCCAGGCCGGUAUGUUCGAUCAAAAAUCCACGGGCUCCGAGCGGCAACAGUUCUUGCAAAGCAUUUUGCAUCAAGAUGGUGACGACGAAGAGGAAGAAAAUGAAGUCCCCGACGAUGAUCUCAUAAAUGAAAUGAUAGCGCGUUCGGAAGAGGAGCUCGAGAUAUUCAAACAAAUAGACGUGGAGCGCAAGAAAACGGAAACGCAGUCUCGGCUCAUAGACGAGUCGGAACUGCCCGACUGGCUUGUCAAAGAUGACGACGAAGUUGUAUGCAAUAAGGGUCAAGGUUGGAACUAUCUAGACGAAGACGAGACGCUGGGCCGCGGUUCGCGCCAACGUAAGGAGGUGGACUAUACGGACUCACUGACGGAGAAGGAAUGGCUGAAGGCCAUCGAUGAUGAGUUCGAGGAGGAGGAUGACGAUGACGACGAUGAUGAGGUGCUCGACAAGAAGCGCAAGAAAGGCCGCAAACGGCGUCGAAAUCAAGACGAUUCCGAAGAGGACGAGGCGCCAGCUACAUCGAAAAAGAAAAGUAAAACUGAAAUCAAUCAACUCAAAAAACGGUUGAAAAAUAUUAUGAAGAAAGUCAUUGAUUAUUCUGAUGAAAACGGGCGCGUGUUGUCAGAACCCUUCAUGAAACUACCGUCUCGUCGGGAACUACCUGAUUAUUAUGAUGUUAUUAAAAAACCAUUAGACAUAAAGAAAAUUAUGAGCAGAAUUGAAGAUGGCAAGUACAGCGAUAUAUCAGAUCUGGAACGAGACUUCUUUACAUUGUGUGCAAACGCUCAAAUUUACAAUGAGGAAGCGUCUUUAAUAUAUGAGGACUCAGUACGGCUGCGUAAUGUUUUUAUUGAUAUGCGUCGACGCUACGAAAGCGGCCAGAAUUCCGAUGAUUCCGAUGAUAAUGAUAAAGAUGAUGAUGAUACAGAUGGCGAGUCCAAUCGUUCAGUAAAGAUGAAGAUUAAACUGAAGGGGAAAGGGAAAAGCACACCAUCUCGAAAGCGUAAACAACGGAAAUACAUCUCAGACGACGAAGACUAUGAGGAGGAUUAGACUCAUUUUAAGAAAUGGGACAUUAUGUUCCAAGUAUAGGCUUAUUUAUAGGUGGAAUAUGAUGCAGGACGUAGUAUACAUGUUUUAAAAAAGUAAUUUUAAUGCUUCGACGUUAGCUAUUUGCCGGUGCGAAAAUUCGCAAUUUAAAAACUUUAUUAAAGGAUAACCAAUAUCGAUUUAUCAUGUCUGUAGUUCACUUUGUAUUAUCAUUUGACGUAUUAUCAAGAAAUAGGUUGAAGUAAAUAAUUAUUUUACAUUCAUUGUUUAUAUUGUCCAGUAUAGCCAAGCAUUUUGUAUAAGAUUUUUUCAUAAGCCUGUAUUGUGAUGAUAAAAAUUCUCACUAUCCACAUAGUUAUAAGUUAUACUUAUAGCAAAAUAUUUUCUUUAUAAUUUAAUGUAAUUUUAAGCAUUAAUAAAUAAAAUGUAAGA